AGGUAUUUACUAACUGAAAUUAUUUACGAAGAUGAAAAGCUGGCUGAUUCUAUGUUAACGGGUGCUAUUCUGUAUCGAGCUAUCAAAGAGGCUAUUGGCAUGUUAUAUGGAGAUUAUGGCUUAUCUUGUAUAACAAGUUCUUUAACAGGUAUGGAAAUCAAAUAUCUAAAUGUCCAAACAAAGAUUGCGUUUAUACGCUGCAAUCGUAACUAUUUUCGAAUGGUAUGGUGUGCUAUUACCUUCAUUAAAUCGCUCAACAAUUGUAGCUGCUUUUUUCGCACCCUACACUUAGGAGGCACUAUUCGUUCCUGUCAAAAAUUUCUAAUCAAAUACAACAAAAUGGAGGUAUCACUAUUAUUAUCACAGUUUAAGAACGACGACAAGCAAUAA